CAGAGAGAGAGGCAGCAGCAAGGGCUCUGAUCCACCCGAUUUAAUCUUGGAACGGACGACGGGGAGGCACUGUGUUUCUGAAACAUCGAUUAAUGUCCUGCCUACACAUCUGCCUUCCUUGUUUCCUUUCUGUCUGGUUCUGUGAUUCAUGCAGCACGCAAGCCAACUCCAUCAGUAAGGCAGCUCCUUGCCCAAAGUUUGGAGCCUUCUGUAACUUAAUCCCUGUCGCAGUUACUGUUGGGAAUCGAAGACAGAACCGAAAAAUCGGAAUCACGCCUUGACAGGACUGAAGUCGCUACUUUUUGUGCAGACAUCUAUUUUUCAAUUGAAAAACAUUUAAUAGACUAUAAAAUUAUGUAUAACUAAAAUAAAUGAAACACAACUCUCUGAUAAAGAUAGAGAAUUUAGGAAGCUCCCGCCUUUAGAAAGCACAUUCAGACAGCCCGAGCCAUGGAAAGUGGGCUGAACAAUAUCUAAGCUACCCAAUCGCCAGGCAGAAAUUCCAGUGAGCUGAGUUAUAAGUCAAGCUCCUGUCGGCUGUGAGCCUGGCACUGAGUUGCUCCCAUUCUCCAGUUACCGGCUCCAGUUCCUCAGGGCACCGACAUGAUGUGGAGCUUGCUGCUCGCUGCACUGUUCGGGUCAGUGUCUGCCGAGUUGUACCGAGCUGAUGUAAACAUGGCAGGGAUCCAGGGCACACUGCAGUUCAACACCUCCUCCCGAAACAUCCAGAUCGAUUUGGAGGCCGAUUGCGAGCAGUUUUCCAUCUCCCUGCACGAGUUCCCGGUCAUGUACGGGAAUUCCAGGGACCCCUGUAACGAGUCAAACAUCGGCGAGAAAGUGUACAGCUUCAUGGCGAACACUACAAACAGCACUGUGAUGGAGACCAGCCUCUUCCAGACCACAUCGGACCUCUCCGAUCUCUCCGUCACCAUCCAGGGCUGUGCCAAUGCUUCGAAAGCGUGUGCCACUGUGAGGAAAGUUGGCAGCAUCUCGACUUGGCAAGGGAAGUUCUUCUCGUCGGUCGCCGGUCAGGUCUACAUCCGCCAGAAUGCUGGUGAGAACACAUGGAGAAUCCUCACCGAUCUGAUGGCUAUUGCAGAGAGCAGCAAAGGAGUGCUGAAUGUGACCCUCUACCUGCAAGCAGGGGCAGACAACUGCUCCCUGGCACCAGAGACUGGCACAUUGCUCGGCACAUUUAAAGUGGGCACCCCUUUAUCCCCUGUAAAAAGUCGCAGUGAUGGUGUCAUUUUACCAGACAGGACCCCCAGCCUCUUUCUGUAUAUGAAUAACGGCACUGAAUGGUUUUGCACUGAAGUUCAGGAGCUAAGAGCAAAGGAAGUCUGUGCUUCCAUAGAUAUGAAAGGUGUCAAAGGAACUUUCAAGUUUAAUCAAGUUUCCCCAUUUGAUGCCACCAGCUACACUGUAUCUCUGAGGAACCUGCGCCAACUGGCUGGCCCAUACCAUGUUCACCAUUUCCCAGUGCCCCCACGUCGUAUUCCUGGAGAUGAGCUUUGUGCGAAUGAUAAUCUAGGAGGGCACUGGAAUCCAUUUGGGAAGGUUCCUUCUGGGCCACACUAUCCCCAAAAUGCAAAUGAAACUCAUGAUCAAUAUGAAGUAGGGGAUUUGAGUAAAAGGCAUGGCUUCUUAACUAACCUGAACACAUUUGAAAGCACCUUUAAGGACUGGAAUCUACCACUGUUUGGGAGAAAUAGCAUUGUUGGGCGUUCUGUCGUUAUCCACCACCCCAAUUCAUCGCGAUGGCUGUGCGCUACAAUUGAGUACCUCAGUGAAGUCACAACAGCAGUAGCCAUAUUUACAAGCCCAGUGUCAGGCAGAAUCAUUUUUCAACAGCUGAAAAGCAGCCCCUAUUCGGACUUGUCUAUUUUUAUGGACCUUUCCUAUACCAACUCAUCCACUCCAGCAACCACUGGUCACCUUUGGCACGUUCACAAAUAUCCCAUUAGCUCUGAAUUGGAUUCUGAUUCAAAUAUUUGUUUAAGUACCAAGAAAAAUUUUAACCCUUUCGGAGUGGAUACUGGUAGUCAGUAUGACACAGAGUGCGGCCCAGACAGUCCUUUCAGAUGUGAAGCUGGAGACUUCUCCAAGAAACAUGGAGCACUUGAGCUGACCAGCGACAACAGUGCAGUUUCCAGCAAGCACUUCUUUACUGACACCACAUCAGCACUUUCUGGGCAACUUUCCAUUGUUCCUCGAUCGGUGGUCCUUUAUGAAGCAAAUUCCGCAGCCUCUUUCUUAGCUUGUGCUAAUAUAACCUUUCUUCACCCCAUUUCAGUAGAGAUUGAUUCAUGGAGGGGUGUUGAUGAAAUAAAUGUAAAUGUGACAUUUAAACAAAUUUCAGAUUUAGACCAUACAAAUGUGCAGGUGACUUUAACUGAUCUGAAUCCUGAGGCAGGAACUUACAGCAUCCAUACUCUUCCCAUCAGAGCUGGUUUGUCUAGCACCGAUGCUUGUUCUGACUCUAGUGUUGGAGGUCGUUACAACCCGUUCCAUGUAAAUGAAUCUUUAUCUCCAGAGCCAUCCAAUGGUACAGUUGACCAGUAUGCAGUUGGUGAUCUCAGUGGGAAAUUUGGAACACUGGAUAGAUGGAACCAAACAACUCAAAAGUACAUGGACGGGAACAUGCCAUUGUUUGGGCCUCACAGCAUCGUUAGACGUUCACUGGUUAUUUACCGUACAAAUGGAUCACGUUUACAAUGUGCAAAUCUGCUUAUGGCGAAGGCUACAGAUGGCGAAUUUAUUCAAGCCAGAGCUGUCUUUAAUGGUAUGGUCUCAGGUACAAUUAUUCUGUCACAACAGGUCUUUGCAGAUGGGAGUUCAAGUGACACAACUAUGGAAAUUGACCUUGAGCCAACCAAGGCUAACACAGGUGGUAACAAAAAUCUAAUGUGGCACGUUCAUACUAAUCCUCGACAGUACAAGGAGAACUGCACUGGUGUUGGAGGACAUUAUAAUCCUUACAAUAUAGAUACUCAGGCUGGCUACAAAUCAAGUUGUUCUUCAGCCUAUCCUUUGCACUGUGAAGUGGGAGAUUUAGAAUCGAAACAAGGCCUCCUUGAUCUUGGAAAGAGACAUUUGAAGAAUGAUGUAUAUUUGCCACUUUACGGAGAUUUUGCUGUUGUGGGCAGAUCAGUGGUGAUUCACAGUGAAGGGCCAAAUAAAACUUUAAUGGAUUGCACUGACAUUGUGGCUGAUUCUCCAACAAAAUCACUUGUUUUUCCAAAAGUGGACCCAUUCAACAGAUAUGAAUUCCGCAGGACUGUUGCUGAUGCUCUUGAGAUUUCUGUCUGGAGAGUGAACAUACUACCAGGGGGCCCAUCUGCAGCCACUGUAAAGGAAUGCCAGAAUAUCACCUUCUACAUGGCAGGCCAUGUUGAUCAGAAAAAAUUGGAUGAAUUAGAUAAGGAAGAGAAACUGGGUAAAUUCAAGGCCUCUGCAAAAUGUGCAACAGAUCCUAGUGGGAUGGCUGCAGGCCUUCGCCCGUACAUCGAGCAAUGUAUUUUCUGGAUAGUGGCUCUGACAAUGCAACUAGUCCUCUACACUGUGUUUGAAUAGUUGCAUUGCAAAUGACAUCAGCACCUCCAUAUGGUCCAAAAUGCUGGUUUCACAACAAAAACAAAUCACACAAUGCAUUGCAUUUAAACAAACCCAGGGUUUAAUUGCUGUUGAUUUUCUUAGAUUGCACCAAAUGGUUCAUUCUUAGACUUGCACUUUAUUUUCUUAUGAAUCAAUGAGUUAUGCCUUGAAAUUCAGAUCUUCAAAUAUUUAGUGGAUGAAUAUUUAAACUUCUUCAAAUUCAUUUCCCUGCUAUUUUAAAGAAGCAAGUUAGUACCUUUGUUAAAACAGUUGACAAAGAGACAUAAUAACAACACAGUGAGCAAUUAGAUGCUAAUAUUCAAACAUUGUAAUUUGAUGGCAUCAGAGGUCUAAGGCAUCAUAAAAUAAUGAACUCAGAGAAAUCUGUUUUUGGUAAAUAUUAUACAGAACAAAUUUUUAGUUUUAAAACCAUGGAAGUAAAAAUGGCACCGAUUCAACACAAUGAAGAUUCAAGAUGAGCCGCAAACAAUUUAUAAAAAGUGUAUGUGUGAUUUGACUCAUAUAGUGUAGCAAAUGAUACAAAAGCAGAAAUGUACCUUCACAUUAAGAUUAUAUUGUUGACUUGAAAUCCCACUGUGGUGUGCUUUUUUUUAUAUUUGUACUGUAACAUUGACUUCAAUUUAAUAUUUUCAAUGUAGACUUUAUUCUGUAGUGUAUCUGUGUGAAUGCUGACAAAAAACUUUCAUUUGGAUCUUCAUCGAGUGCCUUUCAUAACCUCAGGAUUUCGCAAAGUGCUUUACAGCCAAGGAAGUCUUUUUGAAGUGUAGUCACUGUUGUCAUGUAGAUAUAAACAACCAACUGCAAAGAAAUUUGACAAAGUUUACCAUUGAAUCAUGGAAAUUACAGCAUCCAACUUAUUUCUUUGCUGGUACUAGCUCUUAAGUUGGAUCCACCUACUCUAUUUUGCUAUCCUUUUCUUUCUUUUAUAAUCUUCAUUUUGACUUAUUUCUCCUAUUCUUUGAAGUUCAAGAAGUUAUUUUGCUCCACUGUUUCCCUUCAAUCUUUCAGUGAUGAUUCUGGACCCAUAUUCUCUUGUAACUGAAUCCACAAUAUUUUUGCUGUUUAUUCUCUCAAAAUCUUUCAGAAUCUUGAAAAUCUCCAAUAGAUUGUGUAUAAUCUUCUUUUCAGUGAAACAACAUUGCCAAAUUCUUCUGCCAUUCUUCAUAAGAUUCAUUUCCUAUUGUAGAUAUAUUGCACUUUCUCCUUUAAUAGGUUGCUUAGAGACACACAGAAAUUUCAUCUGUGACAUACGAAUGCGUCACUCAGAAAAACGUUUUAUUUUGUGUAUACAGUGCCUCCACAUUUUCAACCGAAAAGCUGCCUCUGUCUAUUUUGCUUUAUCUUUAUUCUGAAAUAUUUUUUGACUAGAUUCUUUCUAUUCUUUCAUUGUAUUGAGAUUUUGUUAGUUAACAUAUAUGUAUGUUAAUUGUUCUCCACAUCCACACACCAUUGAAUGCACUAUUGACAUUUCUCAGCAGUGAACUACAUCUGUGUCCAAACAACCGAGUGUCCUGUUCUUCAGUGCCAAGACCACAAAGUUGUUAACACCAACACAUAUCAAUCCUUUUUCACUACAUAUGUCUAAGUCACUAAAAGUUGAAAGCAAGAGACUGGAUAACAAUCAGAAAAUAUCUUCAUUUAUCAAUAUUGCCCUUAAACAAAUCAUGCAUCCUAAUCAUCUUAACCCAUCUAUAGUGAAAUCUUAUUAAACACCUUCUGAUAAUCCUUAUCAACUACUUCCAUUGCAUUCUCUUUAUGAAUACACUGCAUGAUUUCCUCAUCCAAAUUAAAUUAAUCAAAUACAAUGGGCCAAGUUUUUGUUGUGGGUUUCAAUCACAUCAGAAUGAAGCACCAGACAAUAAUAAUAAUAGUUCAGCAGGUAUGACUGCCUCUAGCAGUACUGUCCAGUACAGAGUGAAGAGCACCUUCUGAGGCUGGUAGGGUUUGAGAAAACCCUCCAACGGUAAAAGGUCAACUCCCCCUCCAUCAGAAGCAAGCCUUGCCAAUGUAGAUUGGUGAGUGAGAAGAUGCCUCAGGAUAGAGGCACCCUUUGAAGAAAUCCUUCCAUGAAUUGGCCUUCCGUCACAGCUGUGUGCCAGUGGUUAUUAUAGAGGUGAGGGAGCUUAACUCUAAUGAUCAGCUGCUGGGUCCAUUGUUGCCUCUAUUCAUUAGCAGGGUUAUGCCUUAGUAUUGUGGCUGCAAGCUGACUAUUGGCAGGUGGGUGGCAUUCCCCCAAAGCAGCUGACUCCAAAAUGGCCCUAAGAUGGGAUUGUGCUGGCACACUGGCAAGCUGUCAGGUAGUGGGGGAUUACCAGUCUGUCCAUCACUGUUCUCACCUCUGCAGCCAAUUGAAAGAUUUACAUGAUUAGAUCAUACUCCCAGCAAAGGUUUUACACAUUUCUACUUAUGAUAUAAAUUCUGGUAGUCUGCACUGAGAUAAGAUCCUGGCUUCUAGUUUUCUGACCUUUUUCAUUUUAUCCUUUCUUGAGCAGGUAUGCAGUAUGUGCAUUACUCUAAUCCUUUGAACUAUCACGGUUUCCAAAGAUAUUUUGAAAUUUAAGAUUAGUGCCUCUACUAGCUCUUUCCUUGUGUCUUUGCAAUAUUCUGGGACAGUUCUAUUUUUGGCCCCAGUGAAUAUUUCUCAGUGCUUUGUCCAUAUUCUCUUUGAUUACUUAUGCAUUCCAUUUUCACCUAGUUUUGUGAAAUGUGGAGCAAACUAUUUUCAAACGUAAGAUGAUCACUUUAUCCCUAUCCCAUCUUUAGUUAUUCCGCUAAUAUGCAUGUCAAUGUUCUUUCCUUUCAUGUUGACUGCCCUAAUUCUUAAACUUUUUAAUCUCUCUGUCUUUAACAAUUGACAUACUUCAAUUUUAUCUACUAACUAUUUUACCUGAUUACUGGGAAAUGUUAUGCCAGGGAAUCUUGCCCAUGGAUGUAUUUUAUAUUGGCAAUAAUGAUUCACUGUUAUAUAAACUAUUUUGAGUUCUUGAGCACUAUAGUUUAGAUACAGUGCAUCAUAUUUGCUUGUCUCUAACUUGCUUAUACCAUGUAUAUGAUGAAAUUAAUUUUUUUAAAUCCCCAAGGUAUCUCAUGAGAAAUAAAGUAAUCUUGGAAUAAUCACAAAUAUAACAUUAUUUCAAUAACCCGUGAUAAAUACAAGUUAUUCUGACAGAUCUCUGCAUAUAUUUACCAAAGUACUUUUGAGCUCAUUGUAGAUUUUAGUAGUUGUUUGUCUGAAUGUUUUGCUUUUAAUUAUAUUCCUUGCGUAAACAUAAAAUUACAUUUGAAAAUUGAUGCUGUUGUUCAAAGUUAAUCACUUAGGUUAACAGGUUUAAUUUAGUUAUUGAUUUUUUUAUGUACAUUAGAAAAUUGUACUUUUUAAGGAAAUUAUAUUAGCCAGUUUUAAUUGGUUAAAUUCUGUUUGUAAGUGACUUUCCAGAAAAGCAGUAGGAAAUAAUCUGCAUUGUAAUUACCUUUAGAUUGCAUUAUUUCAGAUGUCACAAGACACAAACCAUUUGGGAAUUUGUUAAACAAGUACAAUGUGUGGUGAAAUUGGAAAACAGAAAUAAAAUCCAGUAUUGAACAAA